AUUGUGAACGAGCCAACUACACUAUGUCGACAUGCUGAUGCUCGAUUUGCAGGGAAAUAUAGGAAAUGGGCCAAGGCCAAUUCAUUCACAUCGAAAUUGCCUGGUGAUGUUGCCGCUGAAAAAAAGAAGGUUGCGCAAGCACAGCAAACCAUUGAUGCGCAUGUGACAGAGCGCAAGAUUUCGGAAUGGGUCAUCCCUUACUCUGACCAGUUGUUUCGAAAAGCUGCAAUUGAGUGGCUCAUUGUGACGGACCAGCCAAUUCAGGCUCUCGAACAUCCAAGGUUCAAGGAGAUGGUGGAUGUUGCCUCCCAUGCAACUCAAGGCGUC